AUGAAUAUUGAUACUACUGAAAAUAUAAAUUUUGAUAUUGAUUCUAAAAAGAGAAAAUUGGAUAUUGAUUUUGAAAAUAUAAAAAUUGAUAUUGAAUCUAAGAAGAGUAAAAUGGAUAUUGAUAGUUGUGAUAGAAAGAAUAA